UCUCGCGGGAGCCGGACGCGGAGCGGAAGCGCGGCGGCGGCGGUGCUGCUUGGCGAGCGGGCGGCGGCGGCGGGACUGGGCUGCCCUCGGGAGCGGCGGCGGGUGGGCGGCCGCGCGCGGCGCUGCGGAGGGCCCGGCCGGGAGCGGAGCGCGGACGGCGGCUGGCAUUGUGUGUCCUGGAGCGCCGGAGCCGGUCCCCGGGGCGCGCCGGGCCGCUAGUGCAGGGAAGCCGCCCUUCCCCCCGCCUCGGGCUGCGGGCCCCGCGCGGCGCGCAGGAUGGAAGCCAUCGCCAAGUAUGACUUCAAAGCCACGGCGGACGACGAGCUCAGCUUCAAGCGCGGGGACAUCCUCAAGGUGUUGAAUGAAGAAUGUGAUCAGAACUGGUACAAGGCAGAGCUCAACGGCAAAGACGGCUUCAUUCCCAAGAACUACAUAGAGAUGAAGCCACACCCGUGGUUCUUCGGCAAAAUCCCCAGAGCCAAGGCGGAAGAAAUGCUCAGCAAACAGCGGCACGACGGGGCCUUCCUCAUCCGGGAGAGCGAGAGCGCCCCCGGGGACUUCUCCCUCUCCGUCAAGUUCGGCAACGACGUGCAGCACUUCAAGGUCCUCCGGGACGGGGCCGGCAAGUACUUCCUGUGGGUGGUGAAGUUCAACUCCCUCAACGAGCUGGUGGACUACCACAGGUCCACCUCCGUGUCCCGGAACCAGCAGAUCUUCCUCCGGGACAUCGAGCAGGUGCCACAGCAACCCACGUACGUGCAGGCGCUCUUCGACUUCGACCCCCAGGAGGACGGCGAGCUGGGCUUCCGCCGCGGAGACUUUAUCCACGUCAUGGAUAACUCGGACCCCAACUGGUGGAAGGGGGCCUGCCACGGGCAGACGGGCAUGUUCCCCCGCAACUAUGUCACCCCCGUGAGCAGGAACGUCUAGGAACCCAGAGGAGGGCAUGGAAGGAACGUGAGACGCUUCCGACUCGUACACAUGAAUUCGCCCCCUGGGCGGCGGCUCCCGGCAGCUGGAGGGAGGCCAGCGGGGGCGCCAGGGACCCUCUCACUUUGGUUGGAACUUGGGGUGGGUGGGGUGGGCGGGGCCGUUGGAUAUAAAAUGCCAAAACUUACCUAUAAAUUAAGAGAAGAGUUUUUAUGACAGAUUUUCACCGCUGCUCCCUCCCCGUCUCUCCCUUUCUCCUCUGUCCCUCGUGCAUGACGUUGCUGCCGCAUUUAGUCCUAGCCGAUGCCAACAAUAAAGCGAAAGAAACCAAGCGGGCUGGUAUUUUCUCUCUGCCACUGUCUGGGGCGGGCCCGCCCGGACACCCCCACAGGAGAGGACGGGGCGAGGCUGCCCGUCUGGAGCCGGCCCGGGCCCUGCCCCAGGAAACUCUCCCCGGGCAGCGGGGCCGAGCCCACGCCCGCGAGCUCCACUGGCCACUCGUGGACGUGCCGGGGGGAAUGCGGCUCUGGCUGGCCCAGAAGACGGGGCUCGGGGGUGGGGGGGGUCUCAGGCCCGGUCUGCGCCCCUCCCCGCCCGCCACCCCCAGGCAGACCCUGGGUGAGCCCAGCUGCUUCCCGCCCGCACGGGCUGAGGCUCCGCCUUGUUUUUCUGUCCGGGCCCUCGCCGCCCCCUUCCCCCGGGAAAAGGGGUCGCCGGAGGCCGCGCCCACCGCAUCAGCUGCCCCCCUCCGAGCCUCUCCGUCCUCCUCCUGGCUCCCGGCGACUCGGGCGCCUGGGGACGGGCCCUCAGCGCCUCCGCCCGCAGGUGCCUCCCGCCCGCCCGGCGCUGCCCCCGACUCCGGCACUGGCGCUGGGCCGGGCGGGCAGCGGUCCGGACCCGGUGUAUAUCAUGAAGCCUUGCUGAACUCAGUUUUGUGUGUAUAUAUUUUUUAAAAAUCAGUGUUUAAAUAAAAAAAAAGACCUAUGUACUUAAUCCUUUAACCGCGGACGGCAUUGGUAGGUAGUGAUUAACUGUGACAAUAAACACGAUGGAUUCACA